AUGGCUUCAAGUACCUACGUCUCAGCGCUGCUGAGGCGCCUGUGCAGCAGCGGCGAGUGCCAGGCGGUUGAUGCUGCCAGGACGCUAGGCGACCUCUCUGCCGGCAGUGCUGACAGCAGGACAGCAAUCGUAGAGGCCGGCGCCAUUCCAGCGCUGGUUCAGCGUAUCAGCAGGACCGCUCCUGGCGAGGAUUUGCUGGAGGCCGCAGCCAGGCUUCUGCGCAACCUGUCUGCCGGCAACUCUCGCAACGCCGCAGCCAUUGCAGCGGCCGGCGCCAUACCGCCAUUGUUGCAGUGCCUGUUCACCAGCCGCAGCGAGGCGGUGCAGGUUCAGGCAGCCAUGGCGCUCAGCGGUCUCUCCUUCGACAGUCUCGACUGCAGCGUGGCCAUUUCAGCGGCUGGUGGCAUCCCAGCUGUGUUGCAGCACCUGCGAAGCAGCAGCUGCAGCGAGCAUGUACAACUGCAAGCAGCCCGUGUGCUUGUUAUCCUCGUGAGAGACCCUGAGAUCCGGGAGGCCGUUGCAGCUGCCGGCGGCAUCCCUCUGCUGGUGCAGUGCUUGAGCAGCAGCACCAGUGAGGCGAUACUGCGCACCACCGCCAGCGAGCAGGUGCAGGCGGCAGCAGCCGGUGCGCUUGCCUUGCUCUCUCGGGACAGCCCCGACAACAGCGCUGCCAUUGCCGCAUCAGGCGGCAUUGUUGCUCUGCAGCAGCUGCUGUACAGCAGCCCAAAGGAGGAGGUACGGGAGAUCGCAGCCGCUGCACUGCACAGCCUGUCCAACAGCGAGCAGGCUGGGGCUGCCGUGCUGGAUUCUGAAGGCGCGGCACAAGUUAGGACGGCACCCGCAGGAGCAGCCCCCACCACAGCCCCCACCACAGCAGGGGAUGCACCGGCAGUGGUUGACGCAGAGGCAGCGGCUCCUGCUGCCAGGGUGUGCCGGGGUGUGAGGUACUGCAGCGAGGCCUGCAGCCGCGCGCACUGGCGCACGCACAAGCCCGAGUGCCGGCGCCUGCAUGCCGCCGCAGCUGCAGCCGCUGCUGCACAGCCCUAG